UCACCUCGAAGACAAAAAGAGCCCCGAGAAGAGAAAAAAAAAGCAGGACUCCACACACCUGUGGGCUUCUACUGCGAGUCCGGCAGUUUCUUCUCCUCCACGCGAAGGCGUAAUCGCUCCCACGUCCCGAGAGAACCCCGAGCCGGAAAAGUCUCCCACCGCGGUGGCGGCGCCGUCGGCAGUCGCCGACGAUCGGCGGCGGCGGCGGAGAUGUUGGAGGACCAGGUCGCCUUCCUGCUGCAGAAGUACCUCGGCAACUACGUCCGGGGGCUCAGCAAGGAGGCCCUCAAGAUCAGCGUCUGGAGAGGUGAUGUGGAACUCACAAACAUGCAGUUGAAGCCUGAGGCGCUCAAUUCAUUGAAGUUACCUGUGAAAGUCAAAGCUGGUUUCCUUGGUUCAGUUAAGCUCAAGGUCCCUUGGAGCAGACUUGGCCAAGAGCCAGUUUUGGUUUAUCUUGAUCGUAUUUUUAUAUUAGCUGAACCAGCAACAGAUGUUGAAGGUUGCAGUGAGGAUGCUGUCCAAGAGGUCAAACGAACUAGAGUUAGGGAGAUGGAAAUGAAAUUAUUGGAGAGCCAGCAACAACUGAACUCCGAACUGAACUCGUCAUGGCUUGGGUCUUUCAUUAGCACUGUGAUUGGAAACAUCAAGUUAUCCAUUGGCAAUAUUCACAUCAGAUACGAAGACAUAGAGAGCAAUCCAGGCCACCCUUUCGCAGCAGGUUUGGUACUUUCGAAGCUGUCAGCAGUUACUGUGGAUGACCAUGGGAAGGAAACUUUUGCCACUGGUGGAGAUUUGGACCGAGUGAAGAAGUCUGUUGAACUUGAGAGUCUGGCGCUGUAUUUUGAUUCUGAUAGCAGUCCUUGGAGCGUGGAUAAACCCUGGGAAGAUUUACUGCCUUCAGAAUGGAGUCAGGUUUUUGAGUUCAGAAAGCAAGAUAGUUCUAGUACUGCUUCAAAAACUCACACUUACAUAUUAAGACCUAUAUCUGGCAAAGCAAAAUAUACAAAGGUACACAUUGAUGAAGCGAAGAGAAGCGGACAGGCAUUGCAAAAUGCUGCUGUUGAUUUGGAUGAUGUUACUUUGUCUUUGUCAAAGGAUGGCUACAGGGACAUCUUGAAGAUGGCUGAUAAUUUUUCUUCUUUUAAUCAACGGCUGAGAUAUGCUCAUUACCGGCCAUCUUUACCAGUGAAAUCUGAUCCGAAGGCUUGGUGGAAGUACGCAUACAAAGUAGUGACUCAUGAAAUGAAGAAGGCAAGUGGAAGUCUAUCUUGGGAGCAACUACUGAGAAACGCAAGACUUCGAAAGACAUAUGUAUCUUUAUAUGCGUCCCUUCUGAAGUCUGACAUGAGUCGUCCGGUUGUUGAAGAUAAUGAGGAGAUUAAUAGCCUGGAUCGUGAACUAGAUAUGGAAGUUAUUCUGCAAUGGAGGAUGCUGGCCCACAAGUUUGUAGAACAGUCAGCAGAAAGACAGCAUGCUCAACAAAACAAGAAGCAGUCCUGGUGGUCAUUUGGAUGGACUGGCUCUUCGAAGGAUGAUGGAGACUCGAAGAGUUUUAGUGAUGAAGAUUGGGAAAGGUUAAAUAGGAUAAUCGGGUACAAAGAAAAUACGGAGUAUAUUCCUGCUCAACAAGAUAUGAAAUUGAUGCAGUUUUAUUUUGAAAUACGCAUGAAACAUAAUGCAUCAAGGCUUAUCAUUGAUGGUUCAGAGUGCCUUGCUGAUCUUUCAUGUGAAGAUUUCCGCUGUAACUUGAAAAUGUAUCCAGAGGCAAAAGUUUUUGACCUGAAGCUUGGUUCCUACAAACUUUUAUCUCCAUAUGGCCUGCUGGCUGAGAGUGCAAGUGUUGUUGAUUCCCUUGUUGGUGUCUUCUCCUACAAACCUUUCGAUGAGCAACUGGACUGGAGUUUUACAGCCAGGGCUUCUCCUUGUUACAUAACUUAUUUGAAAGAUUCCAUUGACCAAAUCGUUGCCUUCUUCAAGAGUAGCCCUACAGUUAGCCAGACCCUUGCACUGGAGACUGCUGCUGCUGUACAGAUGACAUUAGAUGAAGUGAAACGCACCGCUCAACAGCAAAUGACACGUGUUCUAAAAGAUCAGUCCAGGUUUUCACUGAAUCUGGAUAUCGCUGCUCCUAAAAUUACUGUUCCUACCAAGUUCCGCCCGGAUGAUGUACAUGAGACUAAGCUUUUGCUUGAUCUUGGAAACUUAAUUCUUCGGACAGAGGAGAUAUGGGAUUCAUAUUCUUCAGAAGAGCAGGAUAUGUAUUUGAAUUUCAAUUUGGUGCUCAAUGAUGUAUCUGCAUUUCUGGUGGAUGGUGAUUACCAUUGGAACGACACAUCUAAAGAAGUUAAUUUAUUGCCAGUUAUCGACAAGUGUGGAAUUGCUUUAAAGCUUCAGCAGAUCCAGGUAGAAAGUUCACUAUAUCCUUCCACAAGACUGGCAGUACGGGUGCCUUCCUUGGGGUUUCAUUUCUCUCCGGCACGCUAUCAUCGAUUGAUGGAGAUUUUAAAGAUUUUUCAAGACACCAAUAGUGAGAAUAAUAGUUCAGACCUUGCACAUUUGUGGGAUCAGGCUGACUUUGAGGGAUGGUCUUCUCUUCUUACAUGGAAGGGUGUUGGAAACCGAGAAGCUCUUUGGCAACGAAGAUACUUGCGGCUAGUGGGGCCAUUUCUCUAUGUAUUUGAAAAUCCAGAGUCUACAACAUAUAAGCAAUGGUCCAGUUUAAGUGGGAAGCAAGUUCAUCAGGUUCCUACUGAGCUUACAAAUGGUGUGCAAAAUAUUGUGGCACUGCAUGACUCUGGUCAAGUCAAUCCCAAGAUUCUGGAAGAUACUGGUGCUUUGAUACUGUUGUUUGACAGCGAGGAAACAAGAAAAAUAUGGCAGAACCGCUUGCAGGGUGCUAUAUAUCGUGCAUCGGGUUCUGCCACAGUUUCCAAUUUUCCUGAAGCUGCUUUCACAUCAGAAGCUCGCUCUUUCAAAGGCAGUCUUCCUGAUGUUGUCAACAUAGAAAAAUUGUUUCUUGCUGGUAUUCUUGAUGAACUAAAGAUCUGUUUUUCGUGUGGCUAUGAGAGUAACCACAGGCUAAAAAAAGUACUACUGGCCAAGGAGAGCAGCUUGUUUGAAUUUCGAGCAGUUGGUGGUCAGGUUGAACUCUCAAUGAAGGGUGGCAACCUACUGAUUGGGACUAUUUUGCGGUCACUGGAAAUUGAAGAUCAGUAUUUUUACCCAGGGAGUCCUGUACCAAGGUACUUGGCAAGGUCCUUCAUCAACAGUAUGCAAACCAAAGAAAUCCCCACUCCUGCUCGAAAGAAUAGUUCAGAAACUAAAGGCACCUCACUAAAGAAAAGUGACAGCGAGGAAAGAUUUUUUGAAGCAUCAGAUGAUUUUGACGAAUUUGGAACACCUAUGCUAAAAGAGAGGAGUAUAUCAGAUUAUUUUAGUUCCCAAGAUGUUUUACCUACUGGCCUACCUUCCUUGCAACCCCCUGCAUUUAGUCGAAUUCCUGGUUUGUUACCAGACAGUGAAAUUAAAAUGGUUGGAUUCACUUCAGAAGGAAGUGGUAUUUCUGAUAGUUUUGUGAAAGCUCAGAUUGUUAUAUAUGAUCAGCAGUCUCUCCAGUACAACAACUUGGACACCAGGGUGGUUGUAAGUGUUGCUACUCUAACCUUCUUUUGUCAUCGGCCAACUGUCCUUGCAAUCAUGGAAUUUAUGAAUGCUAUCAAUCUUGCAAAUGACCCUGAUAGCGAUAAAGAUAGAAACACAGAUGAUAUGAAGUCUGAUAAUGUUAUCGAGGAGCCUAAAUCUGAUCUGGAGUCAGAACCUGUCAUAAAAAGGUUGCUGUCUAAAGGUAAAAGCAGAGUAGUUUUUCAUCUUACAUCAAGCAUGGCAGAGGCACAAGUAUUACUUAUGAAUGAAAAUGGUGAUCUACUUGCUACUUUGUCACAAAAUAACCUCUCAACUGAUAUCAAGGUGUUCACAUCCUCAUUCAGUAUAAAGGCUGCACUUGGAAACCUCAAAAUAAGUGAUGAUAGUCUUCGUAGCAACCAUCCUUACUUUUGGGUCUGUGAUAUGCGAAAUCCAGGAGGAUCUUUUGUGGAGAUCGACUUCUGUUCAUACAGUGUUGGUGAUGAAGACUACUGUGGGUAUGACUACAGUCUUGUAGGGAAGCUCUCUGAAGUUAGAAUUGUUUAUCUUAACCGUUUUGUUCAAGAGCUUACUGGUUAUUUCAUGGGUCUUGUCCCUAAAAGUAAUGAUGGUGUCGUAAAGCUAAAAGACAAUGUAACUAACUCAGAGAAGUGGGUUAGCAAAACUGAUAUGGAAGGAUCGCCUGCCCUCAAGCUGGAUGUUUCUUUCAGUAGACCUAUAAUUGUUAUGCCUCAUGAUACUAAUAGUCAUGACUUCUUGGAGCUUGAUGUCCUGUACAUAACAAUCCAAAAUGAGUUCCAAUGGAUAGGUGGUGACAAGAAUGAGAUGGGUGCUGUCCACUUGGAAAUUUUAACAGUUACAGUAAAAGACAUAAAUUUAACCAUUGGUAUGGAUAUGGUGCGGGGUGAAACUAUAAUACAGGAUGUGAAAGGUCUCUCCGUUGAGAUUCAUCGAUCAUUGCGUGAUCUGAUGCACCAGUUGCCAGUGGUGGAGGCAGCAAUUAAGGUGGAUGUCCUGAAAGCAGCAUUAUCCAAUCGGGAAUAUGAAGUUAUAUCUGAAUGUGCGGCGUCAAACUUUGCUGAGGCACCACAUAUUGUGCCUGCUCUGGAUGGCCCUCGAGAUGGAACUUCCACAUCGGAAUCUCAUGUUUCUGCAUCUUCUGUUUCUUCUGGAAGUAUUCAGGACCUGUCCCAAGAUACAGAAACAUGGAUAGCAAAUAAAUUUUCUGUUUCAAUAAAUCUGGUCGAGCUUUCUCUGCAUUCAGGAUCAACAAGGGAUUCCCCUCUGGCUAGCGUGCAGGCAAGUGGUGCUUGGCUUCUCUAUAAAUCAAAUACACGGGAGGAGAGUUUCCUUUUCGCGACACUCAAAGGCUUUUCUGUUUUUGAUGACCGUGAAGGAACAAAAGAUGAGUUAAGGCUUGCCAUUGGGAAAUCAGCAACAGUCAGAGACACAUCAUCUGCUGAUGGGUAUGAUAACCCUAAUGAACUUGAUUCAGGUGAACGAAGGAUACAAAAGGAUCUAGGCCUCGAGCCAAUCCCCUCGAUGCUCAUUUUUGAUGCCAUCUUGCGAAAAUCCUCGUCUUCUGUCUCCGUAUGCGUUCAGCGACCCAAGUUUCUUGUGGCUCUUGACUUCUUACUAGCAAUAGUCGAGUUCUUUGUGCCAUCUGCGCGCAGCCUGUUAUCCAAUGACGAAGACAAGGACCUUCUACACAUGAUAUCUCCAGUGGUGUUCACUGAUAAAGUUUAUUACCAGGAGGAUUCAACUUUUAGUCUUUCACCUCAGAAACCUCUGAUUGUUGAUAAUGAAAAGUUUGAGCACUUUAUCUAUGACGGAAAUGGUGGUAAAUUAUAUUUGCGGGAUAGAGAGGGGGAGAUUCUUUCAAGCCCUAGUGCUGAAAGUUUCAUCCAUGUGCUCGGUGGUAAGACAUUGCAAUUUCGAAAUGUCAAGAUAGUGAAUGGUGAGUAUCUGGACUCCUGUGUAUCUCUUGGCAGUGAUUGCUGGUACUCAGCAUCAGAAGAUGACCAUGUCUACCUAGUAAGAGAAAAUGCGCCCGGAAAGGAGGGCCUCCAGUCAAUUCUUAAUGAGGAAAUUCCGGAAGGCAUUGCUGAAAAUGAAAGUUCUGACAGAUCAACAGAAUUCAUAAUUGAACUACAGGCUAUUGGACCAGAGCUUACAUUCUACAGCACAUCAAGGAAUGCUGGUGAAAAUGUGGCGCUAUCGACAAAGGUUAUUCAUGCCCGUACAGAUGCAUUUUGCAGGCUUGUAAUGAAGGGCGACAGUAUGGAUAUGAGUGGACACAUACUUGGUUUAAAGAUGGAGAGUAAUGGCAUCAGAGUCAUAGAACCCUUUGACAUGUCCAUGAAAUACUCAAAUGCAUCUGGAAAAACAAAUUUGCAUCUGCUGGUUUCUGAAAUAUAUAUGAAUUUUUCCUUCAGUAUUCUGAGACUAUUUUUAGCUGUUCAGGAAGAAAUUUCAGCAUUUCUCAGGAUGUCAUCAAAGAAAAUGUCAAUGAUGUGUUCUCAGUUCGAUAAAGUUACAACUAUGCAGGGCAAUGUGAAGGAUGAAGUUUACUCUUUUUGGCGACCACGUGCUCCAUCUGGAUAUGCCAUUUUCGGCGAUUUCCUCACCCCAAUGAAUGACCCCCCAACUAAAGGAGUCCUUGCUUUGAACACAAACGUUGCAAGAGUGAAAAGGCCUUUAUCAUAUAAGCUAAUCUGGCAAUCUGGUUCUGCAACAAAUGAACUUCAUCAUGACAACAAAGAUACAAAAAAUAGUCUCUCUAUGAUUGACCAGCUAUGCUCUGUUUGGUUACCUGUAGCGCCUGCGGGCUAUGUUGCCUUGGGUUGUGUAGUUUCAGCUGGAACUGCUGAACCACCUUUGUCUGCAGUUUUUUGUUUAACUGCUUCCUUGAUUUCUUCAUGUGGUCUAAGGGAUUGUAUUGCACUGAGGGGUAAUACUAAUACGUCAUUUUGGCGCGUUGAUAAUGCUUUUGGUACCUUUUUACCGGGGGAUCCUGCUAAUGUCAGUGUGCAUCCAAAUGCUUACGAUCUUCGCCACAUGCUAUUCAAUAGUGCGGAUUCAUCUUCGAAGAAUAGCUCUAAAGGGAAAGAUAGUCGGAAUGAUGAUGCCUCUCAGAUAGAGAGAUCGGCGUUGACUUCAGGUCGGCUGUUUGAAGCAGUAGCAAGCUUCAAACUUGUUUGGUCAAACGAUGGAAUGUCUGCGCCAAAAAAGCUCUCAGUAUGGCGUCCAAUGAUGUCGGAAGAAAUGUUUUACUUUGGGGACAUCGCUCUUAACGGGUAUGAACCUCCGAAUUCAGCUGUUGUCCUUCGUGAUACUGGUGAAGAUACCUUCCUAAGAGCCCCAGAAAGUUAUAAGAUUGUUGGUCAAAUUAAGAAGCACAGGGGUAGAGAUGGUAUAUCAUUUUAUUAUCCUCAAGCUCCACCUGGUUUUGUUGCUUUAGGAUGUGUUGCAUCUAAAGGUCCACCAACAAAAGAGGAUUUCAGUAUGCUAAGAUGUAUUAGAAGUGAUAUGGUGACGGGAGGUCAAUUUUCUGAGGAAAGCGUAUGGGACUCACGUGGCUCUAAAACAUCUGAAAAUUUUAGUUUAUGGACUGUGGAUGAGGAUGCUGGUACAUUUCUUGUUAGAAGUGAAUUUCGUAAACCUCCAAGAAGACUCGCUCUGAAGCUUGCUGGCCCCCCUAUAUCUAGCAGUUCAGAUAACAUCAUUAUUGAUGCUGUAAUAAAAACGUUCUCUGCUGUUUCCUUUGAUGAUUAUGGAGGAAUGAUGGUGCCAUUAUUUGGCAUAUCUUUUGAUGGUGUUGGAUUUAGUUAUCAUGGGGGUCCUCACCAUCUAAAUGCAACUGUGAGUUUGUCGUUUGUGGCCAGAUCUUAUAAUGACAAGUGUAAUUUGUGGGAGCCCUUCAUUGAACCAACAGAUGGAUUUCUUAGGUACCAGUAUGAUGUGAACACACCAGGUUCUCCUGCGCAACUCCGUAUUACUUCGACACGGGAUCUGAAUUUGAAUGUGUCAGCUUCAAAUACAAACAUGUUAUCACAAGCUUAUCUUAGCUGGAGCAAUAUUACCCUUGGUGAUGAAUUAUACAGGAAGGAAACAUCUUCCCCUACUCAGGGAUCAAUUCUUGAUGUGCAUCAGCGAAGGAACUAUUAUAUUAUUCCACAAAACAAGCUUGGUCAAGACAUAUACGUAAGAACAACUGAAUAUAGGAGCUCAGAUAUUACUCUGUUGCCAUCUGGGGAUGAUAGAUCUAUAAAAGUUCCAGCAUCAAGGGAUCUACUGGAUUCUCAUUUGAAAGGGAAAUCUGCUAGGUUAUAUCGUCUGAUGAUAACUGCUAUUAUCGCAGAUGCUGAGAUCAAUGCUGGUAAAGGGUUAGCAACUGGUGAAUAUAUGACAGCAGUGCGGCUCUAUUCAGAAGGUAGUUCUAUAUCUGGUGUUCAGCAACAGAGUGCCCGUACUUGUGCUGCUGCUGGAGAAAGUUCUUCGCAAAUCACAAGAAAAAUGACUUGGAAUGAAAUGUUUUUCUUCAAAGUCGAUUCUGAGGAGAAUUAUGUUCUGGAACUUGUUGUCCUUGAUGCUGGUAGAGGUCAACCCGUUGGUAUUUACUCCGCUCCACUGAAGCAAGUAGUGCAAAAGCUCCCUUCUGCCUCAAGUUCUGACUAUGCAAAAUUUGAACUGACUUUAGGAGAUCUUAUGACAACAAAGGUAGUGGAACAUGAAAUUCUUAAACCAAGUGGAAAAAUAAGAUUUGCGGUGCUUGUUUCUGGUAGGGCUACUGCUAAACAAGGAAGCAGAGCCAGUCCUAACAGAAGCAGGAGUGGGUAUAUACAAAUUAGUCCUUCCAAAGAUGGCCCUUGGACAAACAUGAAGUUGAACUAUGCUGUGCCAGCAGCAUGUUGGAGGUUUGGGGAUUGUGUGAUUGCUAGUGAAGCAACAGUCAAGGAGGGAAACAGAUACGUUGGCAUACGUUCCCUUGUGUCAAUCACCAAUACAACGGAUUUUGCUAUUGAUUUGCGUCUAAAAGGAAGAGAUUCUCAAAGUGCGGGAUCAGACGGCCAGUUAGAGAAUUCUGAUAAAGAUGAUCAAAUAGAAGUUGGUGUGUUGGAGCCUGGUUCCACUAUUCCAGUUCCAUUGUCAGGUCUCUCACAUCCUGGUGUGCUUUAUACAUUGCAACUAAGACCGACCAUUCAUCAUGAACUUGUGCAGCAUUCCUGGAGUGAUGUCCAGGAGAGGCGCAGUCAAACUGAGUUCCGGAAUGAGCAGGUCCUAGAUAUAUGUGUAUCAGAUCUGUAUGAAUCUGAAAACUUACUGUUCUGCUCACAGAUAGAUGGGUCUUCUAGUACUUGUCAAGGAUUAUGGUUUUGCUUGAGUAUAGAAGCCAAGGAGAUAGGCAAAGAUGUCCGAACUGACCCAAUAUACGAUUGGAGUAUAAUUAUCAAAUCCCCAUUAUCGUUGACAUAUUAUCUUCCCAUUCCUGCACAUUACACUGUUAGUGCCAGCCACCUUGAUGAGGAAGAGACGAGUUGCUCCCGGGGCGAGCUAAACCCUGGUGAGGUUGUGAAGGUUCAAAAUGUUGAUCCAAGAAAUCCUUUGUACCUGUCCCUUGUUCCACAUGGGGGAUGGGAAUCAGUACAUGAGCCUGUUCCAAUAUCACAUCCCACCGAAGUUCCUUCAAAAUUCAUUAAUCUAAGAAGUUCUUUGUCAGGAAGAGUUGUGCAGAUUAUGCUUGAACAAAGCAGUGAUAAGGACUAUCUGAUGGCAAGGGUUAUCAGAAUAUAUGUUCCGUAUUGGAUAUCAUUUGCAAGAUUGCCUCCACUCACCUUGCAAUUCGUUGAUAUCACUGGAAGAAGAGACAAGAGACGCUAUCUUGCGCGCCCACGUGCAGAAAAAAGUGAUAAACUGCUCUAUGGUAUAGGACAUGAAGAAUUGGUCGACGGAUACACCAUAGCAUCUGGGUUGAAUUUUAAGGGUUUAGGUCUCUCAGCAUGUGUCUCCAGAAAUGGACAACAGUUAGGAGCUCUCAAAGAACUAUCACCUCUUGCUGACAUGGAUGGUACAGUUGAUCUUUCUGCCCAUGAUAAUGAUGGAAAGUGCACACAUGUAUUUCUUUGCUCAAAGCUAUGCUCGUACCAAGCUGUUCCAACAAAGGUUAUCUAUGUACGGCCAUACACAACUUUUACAAACAGGGUUGGCCAAGAUAUGUUCAUAAAACUUAGUGCUGGAGAUGAUCCGAAGGUCCUACAUGCGUACGACAGGAGAGUCUCCUUUUUGUACUCUGAAGUGGGACCUGACAAACUGCAGGUCCGAUUGGAAGAUACUGACUGGUGUCAGCCUCUGGAUAUAGUAAAAGAAGAUACUAUCGUAAUAGCAAUGAGAAAGCAGGACUGUACUCAGAAAUUUGUGAAAGCUGAGAUACGUGGUUAUGAGGAGGGUUCAAGAUUCUUGGUCGUAUUCCGUUUGGAGCCCACAGAUGGGCCGAUCAGGAUCGAGAACAGGACAAGUAAUGCAACUAUUGGUACUCGCCAGUCUGGUUUAGGUGAAGAUACUUGGAUCCAAGUGAAACCACUUUCGACCAGAAAAUAUUCUUGGGAUGAUCCAUAUGGACAGAAAGCCGUUGAUGUUAGCAUACAAAAAGGAGAUGUUACUAGUUUCCAGUAUGUUGACCUUGAAAACCCUGUUGCAAGUUCCACCAGUUUUGGGGAGCACGGCGUCAAGUUCAAUAUAGUUGAGACUGCCGAUGUCACAAUAUUGAAGUUCACCGAUUACCAUAGAAGACAGGAGGGAUCACCUGAAUCUGAACUUGUUGCAUCUACGUUGACGCAAAAUGAGACAGAGACAGGAGCUGGACCCUUGGAGCUUAUUAUUGAACUGGGAGUUGUUGGAGUCUCUUUGAUUGAUCAUAAGCCAAGAGAGCUUUUGUACUUAAAUCUGCAGAAGGUUUUCAUCUCAUACAUGACUGGUUAUGACUCUGGGACCACUAGCAGAUUUAAGUUGAUCAUAGGCCAGUUGCAACUUGAUAAUCAACUGCCGUUGUCCAUAAUGCCUGUUGUUUUGGCAACUGAGAGCAUGCCUGAUUCAAAUCAUCCUGUUUUCAAAGCGAACAUUGCUGUAAGCAAUGUAACUUCGAAUGGUAUUCAAGUCUACCCGCAUGUCUAUAUACGGGUAACUGACCAAACAUGGAGGUUGAAUAUUCAUGAACCUAUUGUUUGGGCACUGGUUGAUUUCUACAACAAUCUUCGCUUUACCGGCACCUCCAGCAGCUCAACUGUCACUGAAGUGGAUCCUGAGAUACGAAUAGAGCUUGUUGAUAUUUCAGAGAUAAGGCUUAAAAUAUCUCUAGAAACUGCACCUACUCAAAGGCCACGUGGCGUCCUUGGUAUUUGGAGUCCUGUCCUAUCGGCUGUGGGCAAUGCACUCAAGAUUCAGGUGCAUCUUAGGAAGGUAAUGCACAAAAGCCGGUUUAUGCGGAAAAGCGCAAUUGUCCCUGCUAUCGUUAACCGAAUCAAAAGAGACCUCAUCCACAAUCCUCUGCACCUUAUAUUUUCUGUGGAUUUUCUUGGAGUGACAAAAUCAACUUUGUCAUCACUCAGUAAAGGAUUUGCGGAGCUCUCUACUGAUGGGCAAUUUCUUCAACUGAGAUCAAAGCAGGGUUGGUCAAGGAGAAUCACUGGCGUUGGUGAUGGACUAGUUCAAGGGACUGAAGCAUUUGCUCAGGGUUUGGCUUUUGGGGUUUCGGGUGUUUUAAGAAAGCCAGUUGAGAGUGCCAGGCAGUAUGGUGUUAUUGGCAUUGCACAUGGUCUUGGUCGUGCCUUUGUGGGGUGCAUUGUUCAACCUUUGAGUGGUGCCCUGGAUUUUUUCUCCUUGACAGUUGAUGGAAUUAGUGCCAGCUUUAUAAAGUGUGUGAAUAUUCUGAAUAACAAGUUUGUUCCUCAGCGGAUUAGAGAUCCUCGUGCUAUUCAUCGAGAUGGUGUGAUAAGAGAGUAUGACAGUUUAGAAGCUUCUGGCCAGAUGGCCCUUUACCUGGCAGAAGCUAGCAGAUAUUUUGCAUGCACAGACUUGUUUCGAGAACCUUCUAAGUAUGCAUGGUCUGAUUACUACGAAGAUCAUUUUAUUGUGCCAAACCAGAGGAUUGCUUUAGUAACCAACAAGAGGGUGAUACUCCUUCAGUGCUUGGAUCUAGAUAAAAUGGACAGGAAACCUUCCAAAAUACUUUGGGAUGUCCCUUGGGAAGAAGUACUUGCAUUGGAACUUGCAAAAGCUGGGUAUCAGAGGCCUUCACAUGUAAUCAUACAUCUGAAGAAUUUUAGGAGGUCUGAGAACUUUGUAAGGCUUAUAAAGUGCAGUGUUGAUGAAGAACGGGAAGCUCAGGCUGUUUUACUUUGUUCUUCAAUACGAAAAAUGUGGAGAUCUCACCAGACAGGCACGAAAGUUGUACCCUUGAAGGUUCCUUCUGGCCUGCGCCCUGUAUAUUUUGCAUCAGAUGAUGAUAGAAGGGAAUCUCAGAGUCCUGCUAGGCCUUUGCUAAGCUCAAGAGGAGCGUCCAGUAAUGUUGAGCAUCGACUUAUAAACCACACAGUUAACUUCCAGAAAAUGUGGAGUAGUGAACAAGAAGUUCGGAGCCGGUGUAAACUUCUUGGGAAGCAGGUUGCAGACGAUGGAAGGAUUUUUAGCAUCUGGAGACCCCUAUGCCCUAGUGGGUAUGAAACUAUACUGUAUCCAUCUAAUAUACCUAUUUUCUGCUCUGAUGCUCAAAGUAUAGUACCGCUUAUUUGUAGGUAUGUCUCAAUUGGAGAUGUCGCUCAUGUUGGCAUCCAUCCACCACAUUUUGCUGCUAUCUACAAGAAUGUUAACGACAAUUUUGUGCUACCUCUUGGCUAUGACCUGGUUUGGAGAAAUUGCGCCGAGGAUUACAGGAGCCCUGUAUCAUUAUGGCAACCAAGGCCACCUGAGGGAUACGUGGCUCUGGGAUGUGUGGCUGUUUCUGCUUUCGAAGAGCCCCCUCUUGAUUGCGCCUUUUGCGUGAAUGAGAGAUUUGCGGAGGAUGCAGUGUUUGAGGAUCAGAUAGUAUGGGCUUCCUCAGAUGCUUACCCAUGGGGAUGCUACAUUUACCAAGUUCAGAGCAGUUCGCUGCAAUUCAUGGCACUCCGUCUUCCAAAAGAGCAGUCUGAGCAGAAGCCUAAGAAGAUCUUGGAGGCGUAUCUCCAGCGAGCAUCAGAUUAAUGAUCCUAUGAGGCGAAGCAGACAUGCCAUGCAUCGGAGACAUCAGGAGCGGUAUAAUACUCCCUCCGUCCCGACACUAUGAUAGUGUAAAAAAUGAUCUCACAUUUUGGGACGGAGGGAGUAUGAUAUAGGGAAAUGAGAAACUUUGCUAUGCAAAAGAGAAGACUCAGCAAUCUUGCGCAAGAUAGUUUGUCUUUGAUAUGAAAUAUUUUUGUACAGUUUUGGGCGGCAUUAUGUUAUUGAGCAUGGCAUUUUUGCGGGGAGAGAUAAUGUGCUAGCUUGGCUUUGUUUUUCGGCUGUUGCUGGGAUUUGUAUCUCUGCUUGAUGCUUAUCAAAUACAGUGUAAACUAGUAGGUGGGAAUGGCUGUAAGUGUACAUUUUGUAACGCGUUGUUAUAGUGCUCUUUCUACUGUGGUGCUGUUGCUAAGAUUUGAAGUUUUGCUUGA